CACGAUAAGUGCGGCCCUGGCAGAAAAUUGACAAUUGAAGUUCAACUGAUAAACAACAAAGCAAAUGAGCGUAAUUUUGAACCGGGAACCGACUCCGACAAUGCACCGGCUGAUAGGGUUGUUGUAUUUAUUGCCGAUGGAUUAAGAGCGGAAUCAUUUCUUCAGCAUGAAGCAAACAGGACAGGCUAUUUGCAAAAAACCAUCGUUUCGAACGGUGCAUUUGGAAUAUCGCACACCCGAGUUCCAACGGAGUCCAGACCAGGACAUGUAGCGUUAUUUGCAGGUCUUUAUGAAGAUCCAAGCGCCAUAUUCAAAGGAUGGAAGGAAAACCCCGUUGAAUUUGAUUCUGUUUUCAACCGAAGCCAAACAACAUAUAGUUGGGGGAGUCCCGAUAUUUUGUCAAUUUUCUCAAACGAAAUGAACUCCGAAAAAAUUUUUGCUGACAGUUAUCCAGCUGAAGUAGAACAAUUUUCGAAAAGUUCAAAUACCAGUGUCCUUGAUAUGUGGGUAUUUGAGAAAGUGAAACAUUUUUUUGAGAAAACUGAAAAUAUCGAAAUCCUCACAUCGAAGAAAAAAGUAAUACUUUUCCUACAUUUAUUGGGAAUGGACACAUCAGGUCAUGUACAUAAACCAUAUUCAAGUCUUUUCACAGAUAACCUUAUCAUCGUCGACCAUGGUAUUGAGACGAUUGUCCAGUUAAUUGAUCGUGUAACUAACCAUGAUCAAAAAACAACAUACAUCUUCACAUCAGAUCAUGGAAUGACAGAUAAAGGAUCACAUGGAUCUGGACAUCCGGUUGAAACUGAAACACCAUUCGUGGCUUGGGGAGCGGGUAUUCGACAUUGGAAGAAUGCUUGGAUUGAAGAUACUGCCAAAAACGCGAUCAUUGACGGUGUAAUCGUUCCAAGGUGGGAUAUGAAUCAAGCCGAUGUUGCGCCCUUGUUAUCGUCUCUUCUUGGCCAAGCUAUUCCUAAGAACAGUUGUGGUAAACUACCUAAGCAGUAUUUGAAUGCUAGUGAUAUGUACGUAGCAGAGUUCAUGCGGAAAAAUUUUGAGCAACUUUAUCAACAGUAUGAUCAUUACAAAUAUCAAUCUAGUCAGAAACUAUUUCAGUGGAAUAUUCCCAAAAAAGAGUCGGAUUAUGCUACGAUAAUCAGCAAAUUGAAAAAUGACAUGGAAUCAGUUUAUCGGGCAAAAAACUUCAAACAAGUGAUAGCACUAUGCGAUGUCCUCAUAGAUGUUACAUUGGAAGCGAUUGAGUUCUAUCAAACAUAUUAUAAACACGAACUACUGUUAAUGCUAACGAUCGCAAUGAUUGGUUGGAUUUUGAUAGUACUGAGCAAAGUUUUCGUUUUUGAACCGGUGUUUUCUAAGAUCAGUCGUAAACUGAUUUGGGGAGGAUUUGUUUGUGUUAUUUUAAUAAUUGGGUAUAAUAUUCUGCAAAGAACUCCAAAAACAGUUAUAUUCUACUUUGUGCUACCAGUAUUUCUUUGGAUUCCUGUGCUGGCUUCGUGGAAAACCUACAUCAGAGUCAUCAACAUGAAAGUAAUUGGACAAUCUGUGAUAUUUGUUGGAUGUGCAGAAAUAUGUGUUAUAGCGUUUUUCCAACGCAGCGUUCUCAGCUUGUUUUUGUUAGGCAAUACAAUAUAUCUCAGCUACCAUCUAAAGCGGAACAACUCAGGCAGUUUACUUUUAUCGAUUAUUGCUAGUAAUAUUGCGUUGGCAAUUUUCCCCAUUUUACCAGUCGUGGAAAAAGAUUCAAAUCAUCCUUGGUUAUUAGUUUUUGGCGUUUUAUUGUGGUCUGUCGCUAACACAAUGGUAAACAUCAAAUAUACGGAAAACUAUAUGUUCCGUUGUAUGCAGUGCGUUGUAUGUUGGAGUUUCGCUGUAAAUUUGUUGAUAUCAAUUUACAUGAUUGAGACAGGAAUCGACUUAAGUUGGAUGAAUCGAACAUUAUCGUGGCUAUUUUUAGUUAUAUCUUUCGUAAUUCCAUUUACCACAUCCACCACCAUCGUAAUUCGACUUAUGGCCAUUACUAUUAAUUAUGCUGUGCCAUUCAUGAUCUUGUCACUGUCCUACGAGCCAUUAUUUUUGUUUGCAUUUUCCGUAAGUAUGUUCAGCUGGCUGCUGGCAGAAAAUGAGAUUGCUACAUAUAGCCAAAAGAUAACGAAGCUGUCCUUUCUUUAUGAAAUAACACAGAACAAACCAGUUGAUUUCGGAGAUUUUCGCCGCGCAUUAACCUUUGUACUUUACAUUCUUGUUUCGUUUUUUGGAACUGGAAAUAUGGCCACUGUUAGUUCUUUCGAUCCAAACUGGGUGAGGCUGCUGGUAUCGACAUUCUCUCCUUUUUUAAUGGCCAGUCUCAUUAUCAUGAAGCUGCUGAUACCGAUAUUGGUGGCCGUUUGCUGUUUAAAGUCUUUGCAGAUCAUUACGAAGGUGAAGGCGCAAACACUUUUCCUGCUUAUAUUCGUCGUAUGUGACUUGAUGUGUCUGCAUUUCUUCUAUUUGAUCAAAAACAAAGGUUCAUGGCUUGAAAUAGGUUCUUCAAUUUCACAUUUUGUUAUCAUGGAAUGUACAACGAUUGUGCUGAUAAUUUUAUAUGGAUGUGCGACGCUCAUGACAGAAUUUUCAUUUGUCGGAAACAAGAACAACCAAAAAUACGCUACUUAUGAAUUACCAUAUGACAGCAAAAACCAAUAAAGACUGAGAAAUGAUGUUCAACUAAUAAA